UAGACUGCGAAAUUUGCGGAGAAGGACAUGAAGCGACCCAUUAUUGUACGGACUGCGAGGAAAAUUUCUGCGAGCGGUGCGCAACUUAUCACAUGAAAAUGAAAGUGUCACGUGAACAUGCACUUAUACAGUUAAAGGAUUUCUCUGAGAAGGAAGGAAAUUACACCCGAAAAAUACAAAAGAAAUACUUUUGUCCCCAACACAAGGGAGAAGAAAUAAAAAUGGUAUGUAAAGAUUGUGACACUAAGCUGUGUGUUGUUUGUAAACUGACAGAGCAUGAAAAUCACAACACUUCCAGUAUAACCAAAGAAGCCGAGGAGAGACGAAUGUCAUUGUUAAAGAUAACUGCCAGCGCUGACAGUCAACUUGAUAUACUAAAAUCAAGAAUAUCUAUUUCAAACAAUUUAAAAAAUCACAUGGAAAAGGAACUGGAGAGGAACAUUACAUCACUUGAGAAACGAGUUGAAUCAGUUAUCGCAAAAGUUAAACAGGAUGCUGCUAGCAUCAAACAGGAGUUGAUCAAAAGUAAUAGCAAGGCGAAAGACAAUUAUUUGGAGAAGGAAAAGCAGAUACGUGGCAAAAUAAUGGAAAAUGAAGCUGUUAUCAGCCACGCACAGAAUGUCGUCGAAUUAGGGGAUGAUUGUCAGAUGUUGGACGCCGAACUGGUCUCAAAAUUGCAAUCAUUAACAGUAACAGAAGAAUGCUCAAUCAAACUUCAUGAACACUUAAUAUUUGAGAUAAGCAGUUCUGAAAUAACAGAGGAUAUACUUGGGAAAGUAUCCGAAGUCAGUUCUAACGUGUCCGUUAAAGAGCUUGAUGAGUUGCAGUGUUCCCCCAACACUCAAGAAGCAAAUACCUUAUCAAUGAGUGCAGGGAAACUGUAUGCUACAUUUACAGAUUGCUAUGAAUUUCUAUAUCAUGAUUCAGAAACUUCGAAGUCUUACUUCACAGAUAGGUUUUAUGAUGAAGGUACCUGUGCAGGUUUGACUUGUAUUGGUAGUGACGUGUAUUUCACAAGUUUAGUGGACAAGACUGUGUAUAAACUGCAAACACCUAAACAUGUGAAAGUGAAGUUUAAAUCGUUUGAAGUUUACCCCCAUGGUAUAGCACACAGACUCGUCAGAAACAGCGAUAAGGAACAGGAACUUCUUAUCUGUUGUCUACAAAGCGGUAAACUACUGGAUACAGAUGCUAGUGAAGGCUGUGUUAUUGCUGUCUCCGUUAUCAAUAAGAAACAAUACAUGUGGCGGAAUAAAGAGAUACCAGGGCCAACAUGCAUAGCAACAAACACAUUUGAUGGAACCGUUUGUCUAGGAUAUCCGGCUGCCCAUAAAGUGACAUGGAAUGCAUCAGACGGAACUGUACUGUCAGUGUUCUCUGGCUUAGGUUGUCAUGGCAAACCAGAAUUAUUUUGUCCAGUGAGUGUUUGCUUCGACAGUCAGUGCUGCAUUAUCAUUGCAGAUUAUAACAAUGAUGCAGUUAUAAGGAUUAACAAGUAUGGCAUUUUCCUUCAGUGUCUGGUGCAAAGGAAAACUCCCCUAUCUGUGUUGUUGGGACAUAGUAACAUGUUGUAUGUAGGGUUCGCUGGCAAACAAAUUACCAGGUAUCAGCUGAAACCUGGCAAAUAAGAAUAUGACCUUCGAAACAACCCUCUGUAACAGGAUUGUUAGCAGAAAAUUGUAUGCUGUCGCAAAUAGCAUUUGCUGUAAAU